GAAUGAAACCUUGCCCCAUGGUCCUGGUCUUCGGGUGUCGACAAUCCAAGAUAGAUCACAUCUACAGAGAGGAGACCCUGCAGGCCAAAAACAAGGGCGUCUUCAGAGAGCUGUACACUGCCUACUCCCGGGAACCCGACAGGCCGAAGAAAUACGUCCAGGAUGUGCUGCAGGAGCAGCUGGCCGAGUCUGUGUACCGUGCCCUGAAGGAGCAAGGAGGCCACAUCUACGUCUGUGGGGAUGUUACCAUGGCCGCUGACGUCCUCAAAGCUAUCCAGCGCAUAAUGACCCAGCAGGGGAAACUAUCCGAGGAGGAUGCUGGUGUGUUCAUCAGCAGACUGAGGGAUGACAACCGGUACCAUGAAGACAUCUUUGGAGUCACCCUGAGAACAUAUGAAGUGACCAACCGCCUUAGAUCUGAGUCCAUUGCCUUCAUUGAAGAGAGCAAAAAAGACACAGAUGAGGUUUUCAGCUCCUAACUGGAUCCUCCUGCCCCAUAGGACGGCGGGGUGGCCGCCCCAAAUGCCCAAGCGAGGGCGGCCGCAGGUUGACUAAACGCGGACACACAUGGCUGAACCUUCCCCACGGGACCCCGAGCGGCCCCACCCUGCCUCUUGUCCUGUUGCUGUGUCCUGGUCCUUCCCCUCCCUCCGGGCUUUCUCUCCCCCAUCCUGGGUUUUCUCCUUGACUCUUCAGCUGUGAUGCAUCUCCCUCGAACCCUGCAGUGGCUCUUACAAAACCGCGUCCUCCCUACCCAGUUGGCUGCCAAGGGCAGGUUGCGGCGCAUCCAACUACUGGGUCACUGCUGUCACUCCUGCUGGGGUCUGAAGGUAGCUGGCACUGGGGCUUCAGAUCACCCUGAGCCAGCUCCUUGGACACCUCAACCCCCUUCCAUCCGUUUCUAUGGUGGGGUAUGUAUGUGUGUGCGUGUGACGGGCCUACGUCAUUCUCUGUCCUCUUGCCUGCACAUGCGUGCUGACGUUACAUACAAGUCCACUGCCUUCAAGAAGGACGUUCAGUGCCAUGAAACAUGUUCCUAGCUGCUGUUAAUCCCUCCCACAUCCACCAUGACAGGCUUGCGUCAGCCUCCCUGAAACACAUUAAGUCCCAUUACUAAUCUAAGUGAACCAAUCACAGGAGGUAGGCAUGGGGUGAGAGAGAGGUAUUUCUUUGAAGGAGCCGAUCCCAGGAUCUGAGCUGUUCAGAGUCUCACCGUGUCAGCAGAGGUCUGUCCGGGGAAGUUACUCAGACAGUGGAUGGGGCAAGCCCCUCCCCACUCCCACCAGCCCUAUCUUGGGCCAUGAGAUGUUAGGCAUCUCCCAUAGGCAACCCCAGCCAUUGGCCCAGCAGCCAUGCUGUGCAGUGAAGCAUGCUGGGAGUUGGGACUUUGCUAUUAAGAGUGUUUGGGUAAUUCUUUCUAAGUUUGUUCUUAUUAAAUGAACGAAUGGGCCUUCUUUAGUGGUUUGGAGCCUUAGGAAAUGUCAAGGAAGAAUAGGAUAUAACUGUUUUUUUAUUUCUCCAAAUGGGCUUGCCUCCUGCUUGAAAAUAACUUCCUUCCCCCAAAAUGAGGAGCAUGGGCAACAGUGAGAAUUUUAGCCAUGACAAGUUGUCCCUCAGAGGCAACCAUCUUCUGAGUCAGCAGAGUGGUCCCUUAUCUGAAUAAAUGCAUAAACAAACAAACAAAAGCUACACCAGACAGUAUGGACAGUCAGGAAAUCCCCAUGGACCCCAGGCUCAAGAAAUUGGCUCUGGGUCCCAUGUUCUGUGCUCCUGUUUGGUUUAGUGAGACAGAAAAACAAAAAAACAUUUCCUCUAUGACCUGAGCUGGUGUCUGGCCCUCCUGAUGCUAAGUAUGGAGGCUAUCAAACAGAAAGUGCUAAGGGCUUUACAGCUGCAGGUCCAAACCCUAAGGGCUUUAAUCCCACCCACUUUCUCUCUCUCUCUCUCUCUCUCUCUCUCUCUCUCUCUCUCUCCCUCUCCCCUUUUCUUCAUCCUUCCUUUCUUUCCUUUCUUUUUUUCCAGACAAGGUCUCCUGUUGCCCAGGCUGGCUUUGAACUCACGACCUUGAAUUCCUAAUACUCCUGCCUCUACUUCCCUUGUACUAAAAGUACAAGUGUGCACAACCACAUCCAGUUUAUGCUUUGCCAGAGGGUCAAACCCAGGACCUCCUGCAUGCUAGGUGAACACUCUACCAACUGAGCUACACCCUCCAGCCUUUAAUCCCCACCCCCAAGUUCAGAGACAGGUUUCAUGUACCACUGGACACUGCCACCAUGUCCCAUCACUAGCUUUGCCCCAUUUAUAAUCUCACCUGCCCUUCUUUACCAACUGGUCUUCCAUGACAGCAGAGACUAAGCCCCCAGUGCCCUAGAGCCACCUUCUAUAGCCUGGAGGCAAGGCAGUGACCUUGGAAGGAUGCUACCAUCCUCCCAACACAGUUCCCACCACUUUCUCCCAAGAGACUGACUUCUCAACCCUUCAAGCCUCUGGGGACACUUCUUGAGAUGUAGCUGAUUCCCCAGAUCUGAACUUCUGUGUCCAACCUGCACGGAAGAACCAUCUCUCUCCGCACGCCAAGCUGCAUGCAUGCAUGCACGGGUGAUUUCUGCACCUCUGAAUAAGGAGUGCUUACUCUGUGACAGGCUCUUCCCUACCCCCAUCCCCACAUAUCCGGGUGCUUCCAGUAGCAGGUAGGGCAGAUGGAAGCCUCCUAUCACUUGCCAGAGAGUCCAAAGAUAGGAUUACAUAACCAGGCUCAAGAGAGACCUUUGUUUUUCAGUGCUGGGGAUGGACCAAGGACCUCACACAUGUCAGGCUGAGCUAUGUCCUCAACCCCCAAGAGAGAAUGGUUGAUUUCAAAAGAGCUUUGAACUCUUAAUGCAGGCAGCUUCCUUAGCCCCUGGCUAGAAGGCCGGAGAUCAGGUCGGAUGCCUAUCUCUCCUUUCCAAAAAGCCUUAAGUAGUUUAUCCAAAGGCGAAGCAAGAUGGGCAUCCAGGGUGGGUCAACACUGCCCUCUGCUGAUGGAUUUUUUAGUUCAGGCCCACAGGUGGCAAUAGGUGCAAAGUGUGGCUUAGAAUAAGAGAGCAGAGUGGGUGAGCAUUUUCAGAGGCCCAGUUUGUAGCUGGUUUGUUUACCUCACCUUCUAUGUCGCCAAUACUCCAGCCCCAUUUCACAAGAGUGGGUUUGGCCAAGAGGAACCGGUGAUCCCUCAAAACAGAAGGGCUGGAGACUUAUGCUCCCUGCCAGUCCUAAUUUCAGCCCGUGGGAGGGAAGAGGGCUUCCCUGCAUGUCUUUGAAGCAUGUCCUUGGAGAAGAAAGCAGUUGAUUCUCUUUGGUGAGGGGGUGGGGGACGGAAUACUUAGAUCCUCCUAUGAAGCUUUGCAAGCAGACCUGCUCACAGGUGCCAUUGCUGCCUCGUUUACAUAGAAGGCCUGGUUCCUUGACAAUUCUGAGAAUCCAGAUUUUGUCUGAGCAAGAAGACAAUGCUACAUGACAGUACCAGCCCAGUCUCUGAUGAGCUUCCAUCUUCCCCUUUCCUUAAACCACGCUCAACUUCCACAGCUGGUGGACAGCACCAUUCCGACAUCAAGAUCGUGGCCGUCACUAGCUUGAACAAGGAGAGGGGCAGGCAAAGUCACAGAUUCUUAGGCUAAGUCAGCGAGACCUGGUACCUAUUAUAGAGAGUGAGGACAGAGAGAGUAGAGAGAGUCUGGUCUUCCAGGGGACAAAGAAGUCAAGCCUCAGUUCAAAGGAAGAAAGCUGAAUGGCCAGAAAACACAGGCCCAAGGGUGUGGAUUUCCUAGACAAAGACUCCUGCUUCGGGAAGCAAGAAUUGAGGUUUUGUUCUAGCCCAAGGCAAAAUGGACAGGUUCUGACCCUAAUGUCUGAGCCCCCCCCCAUUCCUGCAGCCUCUCUCUUCCUCUCUUUCUCCCUCUCCCUUUCUCUCUCUCUCCCCCCUCUCUCUCUCUCUCUCUCUCUCUCUCACACACACACACACGCACACACAGCCUUUCACUGUGCCCUAGGAAAAUUGUGAGCUUCCAGACUGAGUUCAGCCAAGGUUUACUUUUAUUUUCCUUCCAACUCGGCCUCUGACUCCUCAGAACCCAGUGCAGACAGCCGUCAUUUGCAGGGUUUCGGCCUUGAGGGGUCCAGGCCAGCCUGCCUUUUUUUUCUUUUUCUCAUUCACUGCUAGACUCCACCUAGAGGGAAAGGCACCUAAGAGAUUAGGUUGACCAAGCUGUGUCUCAGAUGUGAAGACCCAGGGACCCCUAAGGAAUCUGUUUCCUAUCAGGAGUUGGAUAUUUUAAUUCCCAAUGCCAAAUGCUCCAAAAUCUAAAAUGCUUUGAGAACCAACAAGAUACCACAAACUUUAGCUCCUCUACAGAAGUAUUUAAAAGAAUGCAUAGACAGGGCAUAAAGCUCAAGGGUACAGCUUGCCAAUCACACCGAGUCUUGGAGUCCCACCCAGCACCGUAAAUAAAUCACCUCAGGCUAUGUAUGUCGGAUGUAUAUGUGAAACAUAAAUGAAUGUCAUGUUUAGAGGUGGCUCCCAUCUGCCAACUACCCCCUCAUGAAUAUGCAGAUAUUGCAAAAUUAAAAAAAAAAAAAAAAAACUUGUCACAAGUGUUACAUUGAAGUAUAGCCAACCCAUCACAGGCAGCGGAGAUGCUGGGGUGAACGUGCUUCAGCUGUGAGUAUGAGUUUGUUUGGUUCUGAGCAGUUCUGGAUAACUGAGCAUCUCUUACCCAAGGCACUCGGUUUCUAAUGAGGUGUCCCUGGAAGGCAAAAGCAAGGAUGACAUCAGAAACUAACUGAGAACCUCUGUCCUCCUGGAAUGGGUCAGGACCUGGAAGUGACCAGGUUUGGUCACGACCUCUAGAGAUUCUAGUCAGGAGCCCACUAACCUUGCCUGGGCUGACACCUGUUUAGGUCUGGAUGAGUCCUCAUUGCACGGCUGUCUUAGGAGUUACAGGAUGCUGACGAGUACCAUCUGUGACCUUUCCUACCAAAUGCCACUGGCAACCUCUGUAACAGCUACAAAGGUCACCACAAAGUACUGAGGGCCGGCUGGAAAAGCAAGCAGGACCUUCAGCUAUUGGACCAAGAAACCAUUGCUUUUGGGUCUCCGGGGUUAUGGAACCCCAAUGCUGUGAGCCUUCUGGUUACAGAUGUGCAGGAGGUCAGCAUAGCCUGUCACGGUUCUAUGGUUGACUUUCUUCUUACCUGCUUCAAACUUGAUACCCAAAAGCUUUGUGGAGGCUGGCAUAGCAAGCUCCCAAGCCAGAGGGUGGCUGUUUUUUUUGUUUUGUUUAAGAUGGAUGAACCAAGGUACCAUCUCUCGAGCUGGGUCUGAGGCUGUCCCCUCUCCCCAUCCCUCAUCCCCAUCUGUGCCCCUAGCUCUGUCUCUCCACUUCCAUUGCUGUGUUGUCCUUGUGACUGUAUGACCCAUUCCAAGCUCGGCAAUUGCUUGCCUUGCUUGUCAGAAGUCCCAGGUCCCACUUGGGAUCAGAUUACACCCAGAGGUGUCCACUGUGGGGUUUUAGGAGUUACAGGAUGUUCCCUGGGGAGAAUGUGCGGGGCCCGGGUUCCAUCUCACCACACACAAGCUGUCAGAAACUUGGAUGCCCCCCCCCACCUCUGACAUCUCUCUGCUGCUAAUCUCUGCCAGUGUCCCGUGUGCUCCAGCACCGCCACCUGCCCACACGCCCUCCGUGAGGUUGUCCAGGCUGUGCUCUCGCAUGCUUCUCUUCUAUAUAAUCCUCAUCUUCUCAUUUUAUGGGAUUCAACACAAAGUCUACUUAUGCUUGUUUGAAUUAUGGUUAAACUAUUAAAAAGAAAAAAAAAAAGUGG